CGCAGAAGGACUGACACAAACCGUCGGACUGCGAGUGUGGCAGUGUGUUUAUGUCUGCGCUGGUUUUCUUAAAUUCAGAUUUUUACAAAAGGAGAUUUUACCUUGAGAGACUCUUGGCUAUAUAUUUACGAGAGCAGUGGGCAUCAGCAAAUGUGCAGUUGUGGACUCUGAAAGUUUAUUCGGGAAUUUAUUUGCAGGAAAAGGAGCGCUAACAAAGGGGAGUGAAGAAGUGUGUUAGCUAGCUAAUAAGCUAGCCAGUUUGUGAAGAAACUGACAAGAAAACUAUGGCUGGUCGAAAUGCUUUCACAGUGGAUUACAGCAAAGCGAGUCGGACACUACUGCCGACGUUUUUUCUGGUAUUUCUUGGACUUUGGGGGGUAAGUGGACAGUAUGGCGACCGAGGAAUGUCAAUUCCAGAACACGGGUUUUGUCAGCCGAUAUCUAUCCCACUUUGUACGGACAUUGCUUAUAACGAAACCAUCAUGCCAAAUCUGUUAGGGCACACAAACCAGGAAGACGCUGGGCUGGAAGUGCACCAGUUUUAUCCGCUUGUAAAAGUUCAGUGUUCUCCCGACCUCAAGUUUUUCUUGUGCUCCAUGUAUGCGCCCGUUUGUACGGUCUUAGAACAGGCUCUCCCCCCUUGCCGUUCCCUUUGUGAAAGAGCGAGGCAGGGCUGCGAAGCGCUGAUGAACAAAUUUGGCUUCCAGUGGCCGGAUAGCCUUGCGUGCGAGUCUUUCCCCGUUCACGGCGCGGGCGAGUUAUGUGUGGGACAGAAUAUGUCCGAUAAAAGCACCCCCAUUGACCCAACACCAGAUGUUUCGGGGACCACUCACGGGCACGCGAAGGGGCAUUUCAGGUGCCCAGCUCCAUUGAGAGUUCCUCCUUAUAUGAAUUAUCGUUUCCUUGGGGUGGACGAUUGCGGGGCUCCGUGCGAGCCAACGAAAUCACCAGGAAUGAUGUAUUUUAGCCCGGAGGAGCUUAAGUUCGCGCGGAUAUGGAUUGGAAUCUGGUCUGUUUUGUGUUGUGCCUCCACCUUAUUUACAGUUCUGACCUACUUGGUGGACAUGAAAAGGUUCAGUUAUCCUGAGCGGCCCAUCAUCUUCCUGUCUGGUUGCUACACAAUGGUUUCUAUUGCCUACAUUGCUGGAUUUCUGCUGGAGGACAAAGUGGUGUGUAAUGAGAAGUUUGACAGCGACGUCAGAACUGUUGUCCAGGGCACCAAGAAGGAAGGGUGCACCAUUUUGUUCAUGAUGCUGUACUUUUUCAGCAUGGCCAGCUCGAUUUGGUGGGUCAUCUUGGCUCUAACCUGGUUCCUGGCGGCGGGAAUGAAGUGGGGACACGAGGCCAUAGAAGCCAACUCGCAGUACUUCCACCUGGCGGCGUGGGCGGUGCCGGCCAUCAAGACCAUCACCAUCCUGGCCGUGGGGCAGGUGGACGGGGAUGUCCUGAGCGGGGUGUGCUUUGUGGGGAUCAACAGCGUGGACGCGCUGCGAGGCUUCGUGCUGGCGCCCCUCUUCGUCUACCUGUUCAUCGGCACCUCCUUCCUGCUGGCGGGCUUCGUGUCGCUCUUCCGCAUCCGGACCAUCAUGAAGCACGACGGCACCAAGACGGAGAAGCUGGAGAAGCUGAUGGUGCGGAUCGGCAUCUUCAGCGUCCUGUACACGGUGCCCGCCACCAUCGUCAUCGCCUGCUUCUUCUACGAGCAAGCCUUCCGGGAGCAGUGGGAGAGGAGCUGGGUCAGCCAGACCUGCACUAGCUACGCCGUGCCCUGCCCGGAGCAGAAGCCUCCCCAGAUGAGCCCCGAUUUCACCGUCUUCAUGAUCAAAUACCUCAUGACUCUCAUUGUGGGCAUCACCUCCGGUUUCUGGAUAUGGUCUGGCAAAACGCUCAAUUCCUGGAGGAAGUUUUACACAAGACUGGCUAACAGUAAACACGGGGAGACCACGGUGUGACCUUUGGCACAUCGGUGACCCCGGGUACACAAACACUUAUCUUUCUCUGAACUGAAGAGUAGCUUUUUUUUGUGGCAAUGUGAGAGACCAUUUGCCAGUGUAAAUAAGCCUUUUUGUGAGAUUUUUGUAAGUAUAUAUUUGUAUUUAAAGAAGACAAAUUCUCUCCUUUUAAAAAUCAUUUUUACAUAUUUUGGAAAAAAAAGAAAGGUACAGAAUCAUUUGUAUGUCAGUUGAGCAUUGACGGUAUCUUUUAUGUGGAUGAUCUUGGAUUGGAUGCACUGCCAGGACACCUGUUCAUGCCAUUGUAUCCUGUGAUCAUUUAAUGUGACCUUAACUUUUACUUGGGGGGGCAGGGGAGGGGAAAGUAUUUUUAGUCUGCAUGUAAAAAUAGUGUUUAUUUUGUGUCCUAAUGCCUUCGAAUAGAGAGCAGUUAAUCUGUGUUCUUAUAGUAAUUUGAAAUGGAAAGAGGGAUUUGGAUCUGUAAUAUUUGCAGUUAUUAUUUUAAAGUAUGCCUGUUCUAAGGGAGGUAUGCAUCCAAAUGGUAUUUCUACCACUGUCAGCAUAUUUGGAUUUUUCCCUUCAUAUCAAUGGGUAGUAUGAUUGAGAACUGUGGCCUAAACUAACACCAAAACAAAGGCUUUAGUAGGCAAUGGGAUAAAUGUGAGAGGAAGGCAGAAAUAAUUUGGGGCUAAACUUGUGUAUACACAUGCAUCGUUUGAAUAAACGGGAACUAUUUGAAUCCAAGUGAAAAUACUGAACUAACUGGUUAAAUUGUUUUAAUUUCCUUUAGUGGAAUUUGAGUGUCUGCUAGAACAGUGUUGAGUGCCUUUUUCAUGUCUCCUUCGGGAAAAUGGGGUGACGUUACUUAAAAUGGCCCUGUCUCAGAGGUGGUCAUUGGUUCAGCUGCACUUGUGAACGAGGGGCUGUCAUGACAGCUGACACGUUAAACCAGAGACAGAUGCAAAACUAUGUGCACAAUGAAAUCUCUUUAAACUCAUGAAAAACCCAAUUAUAAUUUUUGCCCCUGUAUCUCAAAUAGAAGCACUCAUAGAAUGAACUAGUUUACAAAGUUAUUGUAAACUAGUUUUUAAAAAUGCAAGACACGUUCCCAGACCAUACGGUUGCAUCUUACAGAAUAUAUAAAAUUGAGAACAAUGCAGUCUGAGAACCAACAGGAAGUUGAUGUUUUAUUAUUUUUUUCCUGAAUGUUACUCAUUGAAGGCCUUUUUUCAAAUCCAAAUAUUGGAAGAUGUAUUAAAGAAAGCAGUUGUGAUCCUGUAAAAUCAGCAUGUGAAGUGUCUUCACAUGAGAACUUUAUGCCAAAUGGUCCUGUUGAGCUGAUGUUAUGUUUGAGGUGUGCCUUUUCAUUGGCUGGCUUCUUCCCAAGAGGUGUCUGUGUCCAGACAGUAUUGUUUCUCCAGUCUUUUGAAAGGCAGUGCGGAGGACUGGUCUUCCGUCUCAACAGGAUGUACACGGGCCCGGAUUCACUCCCAACCGCGCUGGGAUUCUGCCCUUUGUGUAACAAAUUGGAAUAUCAAUUUUAGGCAUUGUUCAAUAAUUGUUUUGUACAAUUCAACAAUCACCAAACUUGUUGAUAAUGCAUAAUUUUCAGGUUGGGUGGAGAAGAUAACAUUAAUCAUUGUUAAAAGCUCCAUGACAGUUGGAUUGAAUGUGUGAUGCUGGUCUUGGCUGGCGACUGGAAGGUUUUAGGACCCGAGGGAUGGUCUUUGUUCUGGGGGCCUCGUCCCGCUGUGCACAAACACAAAGAACGGGCCCAGAGUAGACUUCAAAUUGCACAUAUUUAGGCUGUCCUUUUUGCAAAUGACUGACUGAUUUUCUUGAAAUCAUUCUCUUGAUUUAUGAUUCCGCGCAGGAAAUGCUCCCCUGAAUGGUAUUUAGAGGGUUUGACAUUGUUUCACAGACAUUAUUGUCCUUAAAUGCUCUCUGCAUGGAUCUGAGAACAAUAUUUAAUCUUUUUAAAAUGUUAAACCCUGCUUUUUUCACAACAAUGAUAUGUUUGAUUUUUAUGCAUUUUGUUUUACUAUCAAAGAAUUCUCUAUAUUUAUAGAAAAUAGGUUUAUAUGUUCCAUACUCAAUUUCUCUAGAAAUAAAAGCCCACAUUUUGUACAAA